AGUGUUGGCAAGCCUGGGGCGAGUCCGGCGAGUCCCCGACCGAAGUCGUCUUCACGGUGUUCUCCCUACCGACGUUUUUUAACCUCUCUUUUUAAUCCCUCGCGACCGAUCCGCGGUGCUGGAAUAAUCGCGGGAGGAUUUUUGCGAUAAGUCGCGAGGCUGAUUCUACGUCGACCGUCCAGCGGAUCGUUCACUGACUAGCAUAACCCUCUCCGCACAUUGCACCUCUGGCCAACAUGGCGGCGACGUUAGGUCGGAUUUGUAAAUCGGGUCUUCUGAAACCGAAUUAUGGCACGUUGAUCGGCCAGACCAGUAAUUUUUCCACUGUGAAAGAAUGGCCUAGGAGUCGGAAAGUGUUAUUAACAUGCUUAGGAGUGACUGCCGGAGGCAUAAGUGCCUUCAUCUAUGCUCUAGAUAGCUCGGCAAGAGCUAUUGACUUGAUAGCUCAUCCUCCGACGUACAAAUGGGAUUUUUAUGGAUGGUUCAAUUCGCUAGAUCAUGCUAGUAUGCGACGAGGCUGGGAUGUCUACAAGAACGUGUGUGCAGCUUGUCACAGUUUGCAAUAUGUGGCAUACCGUCACCUCGUUAAUGUUACUCACACCGAAGCGGAAGCCAAAGCUCUCGCGGAAGAAGUCAUGGUAGAAGAUGGCCCUGACGACACGGGAGAAUUCUUCAAACGUCCAGGAAAACUGUUUGAUUACGUGCCAUCUCCAUAUCCAAAUGAAGAAGCUGCUAGAGCAGCGAACAACGGUGCUUAUCCACCUGAUCUGUCUUACAUGCUUAACGCCAGGCACGAUGGAGAGAACUACGUUUUCGCUUUACUGACUGGAUAUUGUGAUCCACCAGCCGGUAUAAAUUUAAGAGAAGGACAAUAUUUCAAUCCAUAUUUUGCAGGUGGUGCCAUUGGUAUGGCACAGGCUAUUUAUAACGAAGUCUUAGAAUAUGAAGAUGGUACUCCAGCAACUGCUUCUCAAGUAGCAAAAGACAUUACCACAUUCCUAAUGUGGACUGCCAAUCACGAAUUUGACGACCGAAAAAGAAUGACUAUUAAGGCUAUUGGAAUAUUUUCAAUUCUCACUGCUGCUGCAUACUACUUCAAGCGACACAAGUGGACAACCUUAAAGAGUACAAAAUUAAUGUUUGUCCCUAAAAAAUACCCUAAAAAUUAGCAAAUGAAAAUUAACGCCGUGAUGUUAGCUGUUGCGCUGGUAUCGGAAUGUAGUUUCGCAAUUUAAGCAAUGUAUUUCCGGCAAUGUGGCUCCUUUCUGAAGGUUCAAACUUAUUCAUAUAGCAUUUGACAAAGUGUCAAUUUGUCAUCAUUACCAAAAUCUAUUAAAUUAAACAUUGUACAUAGCUAUACCGAAUGGAGUCAUCGUCUGAUUUAAAUAAAAUUGUUAAACAUAAACAAGGUUCA